GAAGUUGGCUAGAAAAAAAAAACGGAUGUCAAAAUAUCAAUGUCGGAGAGAGAAGAAAUUUUCAUACUAGACUUUUUUGUGAAUGCAAAUUGUACAAAAGUUCUAACCGGUGUUCAAUGUACAUAGACAGUAAAUUGUUCUAGAAGAUGCAUUUAUAUCGAUACAGUAGAAUUAUCUAGGGGAUUCCGCUGGAUUUUGGGUGAAAAAGUGCAGUGAAAAAAAUACCCAUUUUGUCCCAUCCGAUGUAAAGGAGGCAAUUUGCUGUGUGUUUUUUUCGCGAACAGUGUCUGAAUUUCGCAUGAAAAAAAGGCAGUGACCACGGAAUUGGGGCACCUGUUAGUGGUUGAUUGGACAGAGGGGUGUCUUGGGGUGAAAUUGGUGUUUGAUAGAGAGUGAUUGUGUGAAGAAGUAAAUCGAUUUAUUGUCUAUAGAAAAAAGUUCAAUCCAGUAAGAAUUUGGUAGCCCCACAAAAAUGGCGGACCUCGAAGCUGUUCUGGCGGAUGUGAGCUAUUUAAUGGCUAUGGAGAAAUCAAAAUCCGCCCCAGCUGCAAGAGCCAGCAAGAAGAUAAUACUACCGGAUCCCAGUGUUCGAAGUGUGAUGCACAAAUACUUGGAGAAGGAAAAUGAAAUAAGUUUCGACAAGAUAUUCAAUCAAAUAUUGGGCUAUUUGCUCUUUAAAGACUUUUGCGAGAAUGUGUCUGAAGAGCCAGUUCCUCACCUAAAGUUCUAUGAGCAAAUUAAAAAUUAUGAAAAAACUGAGUGCCAUGAUGAGAGACGCAAACUAGCGAGGGAAAUUUAUGAUAAUUUCAUAAUGAAGGAAAUGCUAUCGCAUACUCAUGAAUAUUCUAAAGAAGCUGUGUCACAUGUGCAGAAAUAUUUAAUGAAGAAUGAGGUGCCAGUCAACUUAUUUGAGCCAUACAUUGAGGAAAUCUUUCAUCAUUUGCGUGGUGAGCCCUUUGUGAAGUUUCUGGAGAGUGAGAAGUACACACGUUUCUGCCAGUGGAAGAACUUAGAGUUGAAUAUUCAGUUGACAAUGAAUGACUUUAGUGUCCACAGGAUAAUUGGACGGGGUGGUUUUGGGGAGGUUUAUGGGUGUCGAAAGGCGGAUACGGGCAAAAUGUAUGCUAUGAAGUGUCUCGAUAAGAAGCGCAUAAAGAUGAAACAGGGUGAAACAUUGGCACUCAAUGAGCGUACAAUGCUGUCUCUAGUUAGUACGGGGAUAGAUUGUCCAUUUAUUGUAUGUAUGACCUAUGCAUUUCACACAACGGACAAGCUGUGCUUCAUUUUGGAUCUUAUGAAUGGAGGAGAUUUGCACUAUCACUUGUCACAACAUGGGGUAUUUAAUGAAUCCGAAAUGAAAUUCUAUGCAGCUGAGGUGAUUCUUGGGUUGGAGCAUAUGCACAAACGAUAUAUUGUGUAUCGUGAUCUUAAACCGGCAAAUAUUUUGUUGGAUGAAAAUGGUCAUAUUCGAAUAUCUGACUUGGGUUUGGCCUGUGAUUUCUCCAAAAAGAAGCCUCACGCUUCAGUGGGAACCCAUGGAUAUAUGGCGCCUGAAGUUCUAUCAAAGGGUACACCAUACGAUUCGAGUGCCGAUUGGUUUAGCUUUGGAUGCAUGCUGUAUAAAUUACUCAAGGGCCACUCACCAUUUCGACAGCACAAAACCAAGGAUAAGCACGAAAUUGACCGGAUGACACUGACGAUGAAUGUGGAACUGCCGGAGUCAUUUAGCAAGGAACUGAGAAAUCUACUCGAAAGUUUACUCCACAGAGAUGUAGAUAAAAGAUUAGGGUGUCGAGGAAGAGGAGCUGACGAGGUCAAGGAACAUCCAUUCUUCUCGGGAAUAGACUGGCAUCAAGUGUAUAUACAGAAGUAUACACCACCGUUGAUACCACCAAGGGGUGAAGUGAAUGCAGCGGAUGCAUUUGAUAUUGGGUCGUUUGAUGAGGAGGACACGAAAGGUAUUAAACUGACAGAGGCAGAUCAGGAGCUCUACCGAUACUUUCCAUUGACCAUAUCAGAAAGAUGGCAACAAGAAGUGGCAGAGACAGUGUUUGAAACAGUUAAUAAUGAGGCUGAUAAACUUGAGAAUAAGAAGAAGGCAAAGCAGAAGCAACGUUUUGAUGCUGAUGAGAAAGAUUCUGACUGCAUUUUACAUGGUUACAUCAAACGGCUAGGUGGUGCUUUUGCAUCCGUUUGGCAGACAAGAUAUGCUAAAUUGUACCCCAAUCGAUUGGAGUUACAUUCGGAGAGUGGAAGUACGAAGCCAGAACUGAUUUUUAUGGACCAAAUAGAGGAAGUCUCAUCAGAUUAUGUGCAAUACAAAAAUGAGCAAUGUAUACAAAUUCGUUUUCGCGACGGGAUUCGCGAUGGUCGAAUAGUCCUGACAAAUCCGGAUGAAAUUGGACUGAAGGAGUGGUCACUGUCGCUAAGAUCGGCUCAUAAGUUGUCACAGGAGUUACUUGGGUCAAUGGCUAAGAAAGCGGGUAAGAUUUAUGGGACGGAACGUGAUAUAAGUGCAGCAUCGGCAACAAAUAAAGCAGCAAUUAUUUCUGGUACAGUAUCAGGAAAUGCAUUUGCCAAAAGCACAAAUGGAUCCAACUAGCGGUUACUUUUACGAUCUCGUUCUUGUUUCAUAGAAACGAGUCGUUUAAAGGAUGCCUCAGCUAAAUUAAAGUGUAAAGAUACAUGAAUUGUACAAUUCAGUUAAAUCAUCACACAGAAAAAAAAAACCUUUUUUAUAAAUGAAAAAAAAACUUAUCCCGCAAACCCUCAUCACUCUAUCUUACACUCUCUUUUAUAUAUAUUUCUUUUCUAAUGUUUUUCUACUUCCCAUUUGGGCAUAAAAGAAUCAUGUGUAAAGGUAAGAAUAUAUUCGUAAAAUAUAUUUAUUUCACGCAUCAUAAAUAGAGAGAAAAAAAGAGAAAUAUAAAGUCAUACGUCUAACAAGAAAUAUAACUGAUAUUUGACAUUAACAUAAAGUAUUUAAAUUGUUGGUAAAAAGGUGCAAUAUCCAUAAAUUUAAUUUAAAAAGAAUAUUUUUUUAAAUUUAGUAUUUAUGGAUAAUGCAACUUAAUAUGUUACAGAAUGCUUAGCAUUAGUGAAGUAAAAGAAAAAAUAAAAUAAAUAAAUAAAGAAAAAAAACCAUUACAGAAAUAAGAAUAUUGAACCUCAAUGCAGAUUUUUAUACUUGUAUAUUUAUCCUGGGUUUUAUGUUACAAUAACAUUUUAAAUUAAACUUAACAAAUUUUUCUAUUGAACCGAUAAGUAUACUCAAAACAAAAAAGGAUCUUUUCCUAAAAAAAAAUUAAAAAUAUAUACAAUUGUGGCAAUUUUGCGUAAACAAUGCAAUCUGGUAGGUUUUUUGAUAUAAAAUAAAAUAAUGGCUACGCACAAUUACUUUUGUUAUGUAAACAUGUUUUUGAAAAUUCGUGUGAGUGAGCGAGACAGCUAUAAGUAGAUUUCACUCUUUUGUUUUGUAAUUAUGUUUUUGACAUUUCAGCGAGAGUGAAUGAAAUCUAGAUCUAGUUGUCUCGCUCACUCUCAUAGGCAGUUUUGAAAAUAUGUUUACAAAACAAAGAUAUUGUCCGUUGAGUAUUAUUCACAAUGGCGCAUGCAUAUAUACUUUUGUUUUGUAAAUAAUAUUGAGCAAUCUUCAGUAUGAAAUGACCAGCGCACAAUAACUUUUGUUUGUAAACAUGUUUUCAAAAUUUCCGAUGAGAAUGAGCGAGAUGACUAGAUCUAGAUCUCACUCACUCUCAUUGAAAUGUCAAAACAUGUUUACUAAACAAAAGUUAUUGUUAGUUGGGCAAAAGAAUGAGAUGAUUUGAACUACAUCUCACUCAUUCUCGCUGAAAUGUCAAAUAAAUGUUAAUUAAUCAAAAGUUUUGUGCGUUCGCUAUUUCCAAAGGAUACCAAAUUAUUUUUCACUUCUUUGACAAUUAUCUCAGAAGAAUUCAAGAUUAGCAGGCCGUAAAAUAGUAAAGUUCAAUGCACAAUAAUAUUAAUUUUGUAAACAUGUUUUCAAAACUGGCCAUAGGAGUGAGCGAGAUGACUAGAUUUAGAUCUUAGUCACUGUCAUUGUAACGUCAAAAACAUGUAUACAAUACAAAAAUUAUUGUGCGUUUCAUAUGUCCAACACACAAUAACUUUUUGUAAACAUAUUUUUGACAUUUCAGUGAGAGUGAAUAAAAUGUAGAUCUGGUCAUCUCGCUCACUCUCUUACGUAACCGUGAAAACAAGUUUACAUAACAAAAGUCAUUGUGUGCUGGGCAAUAAUGGCCAGCGCACAAUAACUUUGAUUGUAACAUGUUUUCAAAAUUUCUCAUGAGAAUGAGCGAGAUGACUAGAUCUAGAUCUCACUCACUCUCAUUGAAAUGUCAAAAACAUGUUUUCUAAACAAAAAUUAUUGUGCGUUGGGCAUAAGAGCUGAAUAAACAUGCACUUAAUUACAAAAACAAACAUCACAGGUCUCCAAUUUCUUUUUCUUCGUUUAUUAAAUGAUAUUAUUGACUUUUUCGAGUCGGAAAAUUUGCCUUCUGAAGGUUGGAGACCAUGGAAAAUAGUGAUAAAAAGAUUUCAGGCUACAUCACUUUGCGCAUUUUUUGGCGAGGUUUGAUCUUUAAGUAAGCCCCGCCCACAAAUUCAUUAGGACACGCCCCUUUUCGAAAAGCGUAAUGUUGGUUCAUUUCAUGCUGGAGAUACAUCACAAAAUCAGCUACGCCUUUAAAUUUUAUUUAUUGUCAAAAAGAAUAAAGAACAAAAAUAAUAAUCGCUAGCGGGAAGAAGAGAGGAGCCGUUGCUACCCUUAUGCUAUAUUAAAAAAACUUUAAAAAACAUUAAAAAUUGUCGAAGAACUUCAAGAAGAAGGCAAUUUCAUCGAAGAAAAGCGCUUUUUGUGACUUGAAAGAUCAUUUUUGAAAACUUCAAAAUGGAUUUUUGGGAAGACUUUGUGGAAGCUUCUGAUCAAACUUCCAGAGAGCUAUAAUUUUGUCUUAGAGCCUCUACACAUUGGGCGCAAUUUUCGUCAAAAAUUCCCUUUUUGAAGAAAAUCACUUGCAGUGUUGUAGGUGGAUCAGUUUUCCAUUUCGGAUAAAAUUGCAUAUAAUGGUCUUUCCAAAGCUUUAUUAUAGAAGUAUUUGUCUAAAAAUUAUCCAGUUUUUUGGAACUUAAGAUAAAAUGACCGAGAUCUAUAAGAUGGUAUGGUCGCCAUCUUGAUUUGACGUUUCUGACCAUUUUGAAUAACUGUCAAAACAAAAAUCUCAUCCGAUUGAGCUGAAAUUUUAGUAUGUUCUAGCUGAUGUCAAGUCCUUUUCAGAACAUAUAUAAAAUCCGACCUAGGUCAACUGAUUGUCUGAAUACAAAGGUUCCAAGUUCAAAAUUUUGACACUUUCAUGAAUACAGAACUACGGGGAGCUUCUUUUAUCGAAACCAUCACAAAAAAGUCAGGGCUAUCGUUAGGCGAUGAGAUCUAACAUACAAACAAAAAGAAAAGUAAUGUUUUUGUUUAUAACAGCAUUUUAUUUGAGGAUCUAAAAACUGUUUUUGCAAAGAUGAAAAAAUAAAUAAAUGCACUUUUCAUUUAAUUUUUUUUAAAUUAUGUAAGACUAAAUAAAUAUAUAAAAUAAAAGCGUCAACCAUUUUCAAUGGUUACUGAGUCAUUUCGUUUAGGUUUUAAAAUUCAGGAUUAUAAAAUAAAGAUCGCCAAAAUAUGAAUAUUUCAAAAUUUUAAAAUUUGAGCCCCUGUAUCUAGGUAAGUGCUUGACAUAGACUGGAACAUAGAUACGUUCUGAAAAGGUCUUGACAUCAGCUGCAAUAUACUAAAAUUUCAACCCAAUCGGACCAGUUGUAGGUUUUGACAGUUAUUCAAAAUGGCGGACAGAAACGUCAAAUCAAGAUGGUGACCACGUUAUCUUGUAGAUCUUGUACAUCUUACCCUUAGAUGUGAAGAUCUUCAUUGUCGUUUGUUAUCAGAAAUUGUUGAAUUUUUAGUAUUUGUUAAAAAGUGCAAAGUAACCCGUACCUUAUCCCAAGUGCAAGCCUUUUUUCUUGAUUAUUUUUAACAUAGUAAAAAUUUAAAAAUUAAUGCUAAUGGCAGAAAAUCCAUUCAUUAACAACUGAAUACAAAUAAUUUUACAUAUUCACCCCCCUCCUUUCACUUUAACUAUCCACUUUUAGAGGGUAAAGUUGAAAACAGCAAAAAACGUGCAGUCACCCGCAACGACGGUACCACUUUCAUGCCGAAACUCGUUCUCGUACCAGCCUCUAUUAUUUUUGGGCGGUUCACUUUUUUGCUAAUAUGCACCUUUGGCAUUACUAUUCAUUCAUUCACUGGACGAAUUCAAACCCGAUAUGGCAUGAGAAAUCUUUUUCUGCUGCUGCUAAGCUUUGAACUCGAAAGCUCACAGUAAUAGAGACACUACUCUAUCCACUGAUCCACUACUGAGGCUCUUUGAGGGGCUUGUUUUUAUGGAUCCACCAUCCUCAAACUAUCAAACCACUUUGAUUUUCUAAAAUAAAAGCGAAGUUUGUAAAGUUUUUAAAUUGUUCCUGUAUUUGUAACGUGAGAAACGCUAUAGUACUCAACGUGAGCAAAGGAAAAGUUUAGACCACGCACAUUUCAUUCUCAAUAUGGUGUAUUUUUUUUUGAUCAUCGUUAGUUUCUAUCCACAAACUUUUGAUAUUGCCGAUAGUAUUGUAAAUAUAUUAGUUAUUCGUUGGAAAAGUUCGAAAGGGGCGUGCCUAUGUUUGUAGGCGUGGCUUGCUGAAGAAAUUGAGCAAUUUUGUCAUAGCGGUCGCUACAUUGGAUUCUUCUGUUGAUUUUGAGUUUUUGCAGAGUAUUUCAGUUUUAAAUGAAUUUUGAAGUGAAACUUUGUCUAUUCUUUAAGAGGUAACUUGUGCCAAAGUUAUUUUAUUUGCAUUCCAUUUGUUAAGCCGAACACAUCUUGCGUUCCUCUUGUUUAAGGUAAUAUUGAUACAAAUAUGAUUUCAUCAUUUAAAAUUGACAAUCUAUUCAUCAAAUUUCUGCGCAUUAUUUGUAAUCCCACGUAAAUCAUUAUUAGGAAAUGUCUUAGUACAUGUUUCAAUUAAAAUAGAAGAGAAUAAAUAAAAGAUUUUUAAUGAAAAAGAAAGAUGAACAAAAUAAGCGAAAAUAAUAAAGGAGUUAAUAGAUAAAAGAAAGAUAUAUGCAAAAUGCAAAAACUUCCAAUAAAAGAAAGAGUAAGUUAUUAAUGAAAUUAUAUUGUAAUGAGAGGAAAAUUUCUUUAAGUGCAGUGAAAAUUACACAAGAAUAUAGAUAUUGUGUCAAUUUUUUUUCAAUAAGAUUUAGGCGGAAAUUGUUAAGAAAAAAAUUACUUAGGACAUAUUACAUGAACAUGAAGAAAAAGGUAAAGAAGAAAAUAGAAAUUGUAUAUCUAAAUUCUCUGUAAAUUAAUGUCACUACAAUAACAUUUUAAGGAAUAAGGAAAUAUGUGAAGAUUAGAAUGCGAUGAACUUAAGAACCCAUUGUUAGAAAGAAACCAUAUUAAAUGUUAAGAGAACUGAUAUAUGUUUUAAAACAUUUUUGAUGAGAAUGUUCUUUUUUUAAAGUAGUAAUAUCUCCCAUUAAAAAAAAUCAUUAUAUCUUGAAAAGAAAAUGAAGAAAAUAAAAUUGUAGAAAAAAAAAACUAUAGAACAUUUAUCUAUCAUAACUUAGGAAUAUAGAAUAACUUAAAAAAUCUUUAGUUCUAGGAGAUAAACAUGAAAGAAAAAAAUGUUUUGUAAUUUGUAAAGAAAAAAAUCUUCUAUGAUUCUAGGAAAAAAAAUGAAGAAUGUGAAGAAAAAUUAAAGAAAAACAAACAAAAAAAAAGAAAAAUAACAUGAAGUAGUAAAAAACACACUCAUUGCGAAGAAAAACGUAAAAAAAACUUUAUAUAAAGCCAUAGAAUUUCUAUUUAUUUUUAGUCUUUACAUAAAUUAUUCUUACCCUUGUUAUAUUUAAAAAAAAAAUCUGUUUUCUCUUUUUUCUUGAUAUGGUACCAAAUAUUUUUUGCAUCGAUGUUAAAAUUAUUUAUUGUAAUAUUUGUAUUUUUGCUGAAAGAAAUUAUUUUGAUAUAAAAUCAAAUCAAAAAAACCCGAUGUGCGGAAAAAUGUGCAAAAUAAAAUUUAUGAAAAAAAAUUACAUUUCAAUGUGAGUUCCUUUAUGAUUAUGAAUUAAAAACAAGAAAAAAUGCUUGACCAAAAAUAUAUGUAACUUUGUGUAAUGAUUUUUAUUGAAUUCAAAGUGAACAUGAGAAUGAAAGUGGAAAACGCGGAAAAUUAUAAACAUGUAAAAAAACAUAAUAAAAUUAAUGUACACUGA